AUGAACAACUACAAACUAAGUACUUCGAAUAGUAGAAUAUCUGCUACUGCACCCACUACGCCUUGCGUUGCAUCGAAGCAAUUCAAUCUACCUUUUAUCAACAGCAUAGACAAUGACAGUAGAAAACAGACCACACAACAACAGCAGCACCAAAUACCUGAAGAAGAAGAAGAGCAUGAUAUACCUUCUCUUCAUGACUUGAUACACAACUCAACAACUACCUUGGAUAAACAAGCAACCACAACCACCUCACAAGGCAAUGAAAAUAAUGUCAGCAGCAACAGUAUCAGUGACGCUACAAAUACUCCCUACGCCAGUACAACACCAGCACUGUCAAAGAACCCCAACAUUACACUCCUUUCAUUCAACAAUUACUUAUCUUCCAUUCACUGUCAAGAGAAUCUACAAUUUAUUCUAGAACUAAACAAGUUCCUAACUUGUGUCCACAACAGCAACUCGACCACCCCCACCACCCGCACCACGGAUCCUUUAACCAAGUGGCAACAAAUUUAUUCGAAGUUUCUCAUUGCUGAAUCAGAAUGGGAAGUUAAUUUACCUAGUAGAUUAAGUUCAACUUUACAUUUUGCCCAACUACCCUUGGAAUCUACUGUUCAAAAUUGUAAAGUGUACAUUAUCAAUGAAAUCUUGCAAAACUUGUAUCACGAAUAUUUGAAAACUGUUACCAGGACUAAAUGCGGGUUAUAUAGAAGAAGAUCCAUCGCCAUGGGGUCUCUACCUCGAUCAUUACCAGCCUCAAGAAAGAAUAGUGAAACCAUUGGUGAGGAGAAUAAUAAUGAUGAUGAUGAUGAUGAUGAUGUCUUCAACAAAGUUGGGUUUAACUCGAGUAUCCUACUGUCUGGUCAUGUGAGGCCUACUGUUGAUACUGCAAUCAUAAAUCAGCAAUGCCCAUUAACCCCACCUUAUUCGCCACCACCACAUUUGCAACAACAGCAACAGCAGCAGCAACAGCACCACCAAACGCAAACGCAAACGCAAACGCAAACACAACAACUGCAGCCACAAACACCAGUGGUGCUGCAAUACUUGUCAGUACCAAAUUCUGCACUGUCGUCAAACUCACAACCACAUUCGCUGUUGACUCGGCACAUUUCACUUUUCGGUAGAAAUAACAAGAGACGCCACAGUAGUAACAGUAGCAAAGUUGCCAACACCAGCACUGCUACUACCACUGCCGACAACGUGUCAACGACAGCAACAGUCAACACUCACAAGCACCAUGAUCAUCAUUAUUCGCAAAACAUCACCACCACCACCACCACCAGCAGCGGCAAUAAGCCUGGCAGUCCACACAAACACAAGCCGUCCUCAGUAAUGAUUGAUGGUUAUGAUUAUUACUCCAUUCCAGUGGCAGAUAUGGCAAACGACAACAGUAGUGUAGUCUCGGCAGCAUCUACAGCGUCGUCAUCAUUACUACCACCCACUUCUAGAUCACGGCCACCUUCAAUUUGCUCCGAUUUGGUUUCUGACGCGGUGUCCUCCUCCUCGUCAUCGUCAACAAGGUCCUCAAAUGGUGUGACUGAUGUAACAUGUCCUGAUGGAUCUUUCCUGCAUGGUGAAUUGUUGCAAGAUACGCCAGCCUCUUCACGCAACAACUCAAGUAGUUCCAAGUCUGGUCCAUCGUCUUCAAUGCUGGGAGGAAGUGUUUACUACAAAAGCCACCAGCAUCAACACCAGCACAACCAACAACAACAACAACAACAUCAUCAUCAUCAUAACACUACAUCUGAUCUUACCAUGGUUACUAGUCCCACCACUCCACUUAGUGCUAAUACAGGCACCAGCAUACACAAGAUUGUAGAUAAUUCGAUGAACUACUUUAACAAGAUGAAGAAAUUCAAGUUCAAGAAGAAUAGUCAAGAGGAGCAACUGCAGGAGCGCGAUGGGGAGUAA